AUGACAAAUACUACCACUACUUCUAAUUCUGUGUCCUCUCGGAGCCGAGCCAUUCCUUUGAAUAGUGCAGUUGCUCCACACUUAGCAAUAAUGUCUAGUUCGUCCGCUUCACCGUAUCCUCCACUACCUGCAACAAUGACCAAUCCGCCCCCCGUCCUGCAAUAUCCAACUUUAUCAGCUGGUCAAGCUAGCUCAACGUACUUACGAUCAAACAUUAAUCCGGUUAACGCGGCUUCAACCACACACGCGAUUGGUUCUUCUACACAUUCGACUUACUACAACCAUCCACUCGCUUCUUCUUCAGCUCUUUCAAUGAACUUGUCUGCCUCAAGCACACAAUUGAAGUCAACUCCUCCAAAACCUAAACUUCCAGAAUAUCUUGCUAAUACAAGCUUUGCGGAACUGUACAAUAAAGUCCAUGUGGAAAAGCUUUCAGCGGACAAUAACGAGAUGAAAUUGGAGGGUGUAGAAAGCGAGAAUCCGUCGCUGGAUAUGGAUAUUGAUAUGUUAAAUAGGCAGAGGAUUCGUGACGCUGUCCUUGCGGGAAAUAUUGACAAUGCUAUCACAUUAACUAAUAGUUUGUACCCCGGUGUUUUACAAUCCAAUGAUGACAUUCUUUUCCAACUUCGGUGCCGUAAAUUCAUUGAGAUGAUAGGCGCUUGUGCAGGAACCCAAAUAACAUUAUCAGAUCAUGAAGACGCUAGCAUAAAGUUCACUGCUAUUGUCUCUCAAAGUGAUUGUGAAUCGGGAGAUGAGAUAGACGGUCCAUUGACUCCACCUAAAAAGAGAAGAGUGCCUAAACGUCGAAAAGUUGCUUUGGGCUUACAUGGAUUGGAUGAUGCAAUGACAGCAGUAUUAAAAUUUGGUUGCGAGUUGCAAGAUGAUUACCGUAAUGAUGAUCGCGAAGAGAUAAGGAAUUCACUUAAGGAUGCGUUCUCAUUAAUGGCAUACGAUGAUCCACGCGUUAGCUGUGUAGCGCAUCUACUCGACCCUUCUGGUCGAGAACCGGUCGCAAACGCAUUAAAUAGUGCAAUAUUAGUAUCACAAGGGAAACCAAAAAUUCCCUCAUUAGAGCAAGUUUAUCGACAAGCUUCAGUGGUACUUCACGAAUUAUCAAAGAACGGUGUUGGUUCAAGCGCUUUUGUAAAC